CGGCCAGCGGCGGCCACAGCCAUGCGGGGACUGCCACUCACGCUGCUGCUCCUCGCGGCGCUGGCGCGGCCGCCGCCGGGGGGCGCCCUGGCCCCGGCCGAGAAGCUUCAUUCAGACCCAGACCCGGACCCGGACCCGGACCCGGACCCGGACCCGGACCCGGACCCGGCCGUCUACACAUCCCGGGAGCUGAGGAGACGCUUCGAGGACCUGCUGGCCCGGCUGCGCGCGAACCGGAGCACCGAAGCCUUGAACGCCGAGCCCAGCCCCGCGCCCGCGGUCCACACGCUCACCCCGGAACUGCAGCCCGGACCCGACGGCAGCCUGCACCUGCGCAUCCCCAGGGCGUCGCUGCCUCCGGGCGUCCCCGGGGCCUACCGCGUGCAGCGCGCCCUGCUCCGCGUGUCCCCGGCGGCGCCCGAUCCCUGGGACGUGACGCGGCCUUUGCAACGCCAGCUGCGCCUGCGAGGACCCCGGGCGCCCACGCUGCUCCUGCGCCUGUCGCCGCCGUCGGACCUGUGGCGGGCGCCGCUCUCCGCGCCGCCGCGGCUGGAGCUGCACCUGCGCGCCCGAGCAGCCAGGGGGCGCCGCAGCGCGCGCAUGCGCACUAAGGACGACUGCCCACUGGGGUCCGGGCACUGCUGCCGCCUGCACACUGUCCGCGCGUCGCUACAAGAUUUGGGAUGGACCGACUGGGUGCUGUCGCCGCGCGAGCUGCACGUGGGCAUGUGCGUGGGCGAGUGCCCCAGCCUGUACCGCUCCGCCAACACGCACGCGCAGGUCAAAGCGCGUCUGCACGGCCUGAGGCCGGACUCGGUGCCCGCGCCGUGCUGCGUGCCCUCCAGCUACGACCUGGUGGUCCUCAUGCACAAGACAGAGAGCGGCAUCGCGCUGCACACUUACGACGACCUCGUCGCCAAAGGCUGCCACUGCGCAUGAGCAGAGCGGCCACUGCCGCCCACGCCACGCUCUUGUGGGCGUGGUCUCCGGUGUCUCUGCCGGCCGAGGGGCGUGGCCGAGGCAUCGGCUCCGCCCAUCACCCCUCCUCCCUCCUUGAUAAGUAUUUAUAAGGUCGUAUUUAUUAAUUUAUUGGGGUUACCUGCCUGGGGCCUGCACAGCUGACUCCGUGGAAUAUGUAUUUAUUUAAGACUAGUAAUAAAAAUGACGUGCAAAGGGGUCCUCUGAA